AUGGCUAAGCCGAGAGUAUUGAGAGCGGGCAUCUCAUCAACGAAUACUUUAGUCACCACUGUCCCGAAAGGGCUUCGUCUGUGUCAUGGACAGCAACACAGAAAUCCUGCAAAGGUUCGGGAUCAUAGGCAUCAGCAUAUUAUGAAGAAAAGAAGGGUAUUUAUAGUGGAUAGCGGAGGGAUAUCAGAAUCAAUCUACAGAAAAUCGAUCUCUUUAAAGCAAUAUCUAACAGUCAAUCUCUUGAUGUCAAAUCACGGAAAAUACAAAGGCCUGACACAGUGUGAGGAUCAAAUUGAAUCUACAUAA